CGCUACACCCUCCGGCAUCACUGUAUCACUGAUAUCACACGAGAACACCUCGCGAUGGCGAACAUGAUCGGAGACUGGAAACUGGUGCCCGAACUUACCACAGGCCAUGAUGAGUUUGCUGCGGCGUUGGGAAUGACAGACAAGGAGCGCGAGGCAACUCGCUUCCUCGUCUACACCUUACAUCUGUCACGUGACGGCGAGGAGUGGCAUAUGAAGGUUGACCUUGAAGAUGGAAGCGUGUUUAUGGACGUCAAGUUCAAGAUGGGCGUUCCCUUCCACUUUUUGAGUUUCGACAAGGUCACUAAAAUGACGAGUGUCAUCGAGUUACGGAACGACCACUUCAUUGAAAAGCUGACAUCGGACAAGGAUGGAGUGAUCAUGCAGUUGGAUGUCGACACGUAUCGGGAUGGGGACUUCGUCAUUGCGACUCAGACCAAGGAUGGCGCCACGGAGACCCAGAGACUGAGAAAACUCUGACCAGCCCCUACACCAGCCCCCACACCAGCCCCUACACCAGCCCCCACACCAGCCCCUACACCAGCCCCCACACCAGCCCCUACACCAGCCCCUGACUGACGUGAUCUCAACAAUAUGUCACUACCAAAACAAUGUACGGACCCCGAAAAGAUUGUGUUCAUUUAUCAUAAAUAGAAACUUAUUUAAUCCAGACUAUUCCGGAUCUAUGUCAGUACCGAACAAACAUACAGUCCCGAAUAAAUAACGUUAAUGUAUCAUAAAAUGAAAUCUGUCUUAUCCAAACUCUAUGUCUAUUCCGGAUCUAUGUCAAAUUGUUUAUUCAGUGAACACUGAGAGGCCAUAGGCCCUAGUUCAACAAAACUCACAGGGUAUGCAUGUUCCUAUAACUUACAAUGCAUAACGUGUGUACAAUGCAAUAUUUUGUGAUACUGUAAUAUUUGAGGUUGACAUGAGUAUGCAAAACAAAUUGAUAUUUGGGUACGUUUUCAACAUCUUUGGAAUAUAUUUGUUUCUUAAUUCAGAAUAGAGUUUCUAAACAAAGAUAAAAAGAAACUCAUUUUCUACAACAUUAAGGUGAAAUAAGCCUUUAUAGAUAUACACAUCAUUAUAACCUCUUGCUCUGGAUUGAGUUUUGAAAAUCAUUUUGAUUGCAACAAAUGCUCGAUAUUCUUCGAGAAUAUAUUGUUGGCAUUACCUAACUGGAAACAAAGUCCUAGUAAACAGUAUUUCAGGGUAACCCGAAGAUUAAACUACCUCUAUAUAUGCAUCUUUGUGCAUCCCUCUCUCUAAUUACAGUAAUUUCCCACCGUUUUUAAAACGAGAACUUUACUUGUAUUUCGACUGACGGACAGUGACCACUUGUCACAAUAAUCUCCAAAAUGUUGAUAUGAUGUUUGAGACCAAUUACCGAAUCAGAGAAAAGGACAACAUCGUCAGCAAAAAGUAAAAGGAAUAAUGAAUUUUCUUUUUGAUCUGGAUAUAACUGUAUGGCAUUUUCAGAUUUUGAGUUAAGUUCAAGAACAAGACUUAAUUAUCAGUUCCAGUAAGGACAAGAUAUUUUAUGGGGAGAACCUUUUCUAUUGUAUUCUUAUGCGACGUUUCUCUAUAGCUCCUCAUACCGUUAAGCAUUGUAUAUUUGUACCAUGUACAGAUGCCUUCUUUCUAUUAACAUUCAGCCAUUAACUGCUUUCUGUUGUUACUAUAUAAACCAACCAUUAUCCUUUGGUGUUGUUCAUCCCUUUUA